UAAAGUUCCUUCUGGCCUACCGGUUCUCCCCCGCCCCCGUACCAAGAUGGCGGCAGAAGCAGCUGGUGGGAAAUACAGAAGCACAGUCAGCAAAAGCAAAGACCCCUCGGGGCUGCUCAUCUCUGUGAUAAGGACUCUGUCUACCAGUGAUGAUGUUGAAGACAGAGAAAAUGAGAAGGGCCGCCUUGAAGAGGCCUAUGAGAAAUGUGACCGUGACCUAGAUGAAUUGAUUGUGCAGCACUAUACGGAAUUGACGACAGCCAUUCGCACGUACCAGAGCAUCACAGAGCGCAUCACCAACUCCCGAAAUAAAAUAAAGCAGGUAAAAGAGAAUCUGCUUUCAUGCAAGAUGCUGUUGCACUGCAAACGGGAUGAGCUUCGGAAAUUGUGGAUUGAGGGAAUUGAACAUAAGCAUGUCCUGAACCUGCUGGAUGAAAUUGAGAAUAUCAAGCAAGUGCCUCAAAAGCUGGAACAGUGCAUGGUUAGCAAGCACUAUCUCAGUGCCACCGACAUGCUGGUGUCAGCAGUUGAGUCUUUGGAGGGUCCCCUGCUUCAGGUGGAAGGACUGAGUGACCUUAGGUUGGAGCUUCACAGCAAGAAGAUGAACCUCCACUUGGUUCUCAUAGAUGAACUGCACCGACACCUGUACAUCAGGUCUACGAGCCGAGUUACGCAGCGCAGCAAGGACAAAGGGGGGAUGAGUUCCCUUGUGAAAGAUGCUUCUCCUGUUCCUCUGAUUGAUGUUACAAACCUUCCUACUCCUCGAAAAUUCCUUGAAACCUCGCAGUAUUCUACUCCUGGAAGCUCCAGUGUGAAGGAGAUGAACCUGCAGGACAUCAAGGAGGAUUUGGAAUUGGAUCCGGAGGAGAACAGCACCCUUUUUAUGGGCAUCCUCAUUAAGGGGCUGGCCAAACUGAAGAAGAUCCCAGAGACAGUGAAGGCAAUCAAAGAACGCUUGGAGCAGGAGCUGAAGCAAAUUGUAAAGAGGUCUACAACCCAGGUGGCCGACAGUAGCUAUCAGAGGGGAGAGAACCUCACUGCGGAGAACCAGCCUAGGUUACUUCUAGAACUGCUGGAGUUGCUAUUUGACAAGUUUAAUGCUGUAGCCACUGCACACUCUGUGGUCCUGGGAUACCUGCAAGACACUGUCGUGAUUCCACAGACUCAGCAGGAAGAUGUCAAAUUGUAUGACAUGGCGGACGUGUGGGUGAAGAUCCAAGAUGUUCUGCAGAUGCUGUUGACUGAGUACUUGGAUAUGAAAAAUACUCGUACGGCCUCUGAACCAUCAGCUCAACUAAGUUAUGCUAGCACUGGACGAGAGUUUGCAGCCUUUUUUGCCAAGAAGAAACCUCAAAGACCAAAAAAUUCUCUUUUCAAAUUCGAAUCGUCCUCCCAUGCCAUCAGUAUGAGUGCCUAUUUGCGAGAGCAGAGAAGGGAGCUCUACAGUCGGAGUGGAGAACUUCAAGGGGGUCCUGAUGACAACUUAAUUGAAGGUGGAGGAACAAAAUUUGUCUGCAAACCUGGAGCCAGAAAUAUUACUGUCAUAUUCCAUCCAUUACUAAGAUUCCCAUUUUGCUGCCUGACACCACUGGAGGUCAGGGGACACAUGGGAUGGGCUAAAUAUGAGAGUCUGGAAGCAGAACUGGGCUCUGGAGCUUUAUUCUUCUCUGAACAACUGCCUAGGAUGGAUCUGAUGGGGGAGAGAUUUAUUCAGGAGAUUGAGCAUGCCCUGGGACCUGGCCCAGCCAAACAAUGUCCUCUUCGAGAAUUUCUGACUGUGUACAUCAAAAACAUCUUCCUCAAUCAAGUCUUGGCUGAGAUCAACAAGGAAAUUGAAGGAGUCACUAAAACAUCUGACCCCUUGAAGAUCCUAGCUAACGCAGACACCAUGAAGGUGCUGGGUGUGCAGCGGCCUCUCCUUCAGAGCACAAUCAUUGUGGAGAAGACAGUGCAAGACCUCAUGAACCUGAUGCAUGACUUGAGUGCCUACUCAGAUCAGUUCCUCAACAUGGUGUGUGUGAAACUCCAGGAAUAUAAGGACACUUGCACUGCGGCCUACAGGGGCAUUGUCCAGUCAGAAGAAAAACUUGUCAUCAGUGCAUCUUGGGCAAAAGAUGAUGAUAUCAGCAGGCUCUUGAAAUCUCUACCAAACUGGAUUAAUAUGGCUCAACCCAAACAGCUGAGGCCAAAGAGAGAAGAGGAAGAAGAUUUCAUAAGGGCAGCCUUUGGCAAGGAGUCAGAAGUUCUUAUCGGGAACCUGGGUGAUAAAUUAAUCCCUCCACAAGACAUCCUCCGUGAUGUCAGUGACCUCAAAGCCUUGGCCAACAUGCAUGAAAGCCUGGAAUGGUUAGCAGGUCGAACAAAGUCAGCUUUCUCCAAUCUUUCCACAUCCCAGAUGAUGUCUCCUGCUCCAGAGAGCCACGUGAACAUGGACCUCCCCCCAGUGUCAGAGCAGAUCAUGCAGACUCUGAGCGAACUUGCCAGAUCUUUCCAGGAUAUGGCUGACCGCUGCUUGCUGGUCCUACAUCUGGAAGUCAGGGUUCACUGUUUCCACUAUCUCAUCCCCCUUGCAAAGGAGGGGAACUAUGCCAUUGUCGCCAAUGUGGAAAGUAUGGAUUAUGACCCUCUGGUGGUCAAGCUCAACAAAGACAUCAGCGCCAUUGAAGAGGCCAUGAGCGCCAGCCUGCAGCAGCACAAGUUCCAGUAUAUAUUUGAAGGCCUGGGACACCUGAUCUCCUGCAUCCUCAUUAAUGGUGCCCAGUACUUCAGGCGCAUCAGUGAAUCUGGUAUCAAGAAAAUGUGUAGAAAUAUUUUUGUUCUUCAGCAGAAUUUGACCAACAUCACCAUGUCACGGGAAGCAGACCUGGACUUUGCAAGGCAGUACUACGAGAUGUUAUACAACACGGCCGAUGAGCUCCUGAACCUCGUGGUGGACCAGGGCGUGAAGUACACGGAGCUGGAGUACAUCCACGCCCUGACCUUGCUGCAGCGCAGUCAGACAGGGGUGGGAGACCAGACCACCCAGAACAUGAGGCUGCAGCGGCUCAAGGAGAUCAUCUGCGAGCAGGCUGCCAUCAAGCAAGCCACCAAGGAUAAAAAAAUAACUACAGUUUAAUUGGGUGUGCUACAGGGGGCUGGGUGGGGCUGGGGGGGUCAUUUUUGCUUUUUCAGUCAUCUCACUUCUUUCUUUGCUGUUAUUUGGUAUAUUCUGAGCUGACUUACUUUUCUCUACACUGAUACUUUAGUGGAGAAUGUAAGGAUUUAUUGGAGAAAGUAGUGGAGGUGUAAGGAUUUUUUUCUCUGUAGUUUUGGCUUUUCAUAUAAACUCUAAAGGGAGUUUGCAGUACACAGUGUUUUGAUUUAACAUCUACUUGAAUGCAGUCAAUUAAGGGGACUAGGGUGGGAUGGGGAGGAAGGCUGUGUCAAAUUGGACUCUGAGAUAAUGAAUGCAUGAAUUACUAAGGCCCAACAAUCUUGGGAAAGUAGAGUGCUGCCUAAGUUUUAGUCCCUUCCUAAAACCACUUAAUAGGGCUUUAUUACAUAAACAGUAGGUUUUUACUCUCUUGACCCAUCAGUUUACAAUUCAAUGAAAUAAGUGUAUGUGCAUUGCUUUCUGUCUCUGUUGCCAAGAUUAAAUCAAUGGCUUCUCAAUGGGCUGUAGUUUUUAACAAAUUUCUUUAACCCAAACAGGACCUCUUCAGGGAUAGGGGGGAAAAGUCCUUUUAUCUCAAUCUCUGGGAGAGUUUGGUAUGCGGUAGCUUGUACGAGGUUAUAGGUUGGUGUAUUGCCUUUUUGUUUUUAUUUCUGCUGUAUCAAACCCAAGAGCCAUCAAAUUAAUGACAAAAAUGGAAGAACAAAAGGUGAUUCAACCCUCUGCUUGAUUUUUCCCUUGUACUUUCCAAGAGAAAAUGAUGGUUAGAGAACUUUUAAUCUCACUUGAAACACUGUUUGGAUGUGAAUGAUGGUUAGAUGCUCACUUACUCUCAUUUUGAGCCCCUAGGUCUUUCUCACCUUAGAAAGUAGCCCAGGUCUGCUCAGCUGAGUGCGGGGAAUAUGGGACAGCCAUGACAUUCCUCCUCUGUGCACCUACCCCCUGAGUCCAUUUCUGAAGUGCUCUUGGGUUGUGUGUGUGCUCACCACGCCUGGCACACUGGACCUCACCACUGUCCCCAGGUCUCCAGCCACUCUUGGUGCCUAUGGUUGAUAUGUCACAAAAGAAGGCAAUGCACUGACCAUGACACACCUUGAAAAUGUAUAGAAAGAAGAGCAAGAAGGUUUUUGAACUCUCGAGGCCAUGCCUCAUGCCCUGAUGGUACAGAAUUUUACAGCUGUUUGUACAACUUUGGUCUUGGCAGGAAAAGCAGAAAAUUAAAAAAUGUUUUGAGAAGCAUGAA